UGGCCCGGGCCAACUUUUCCCGAUUAGCAGGCCAAGAAGUUGCAAGGACUAGUGGCAGACGCGGAGGGGCCAGGGUGAGGGAGCGCUCCCCCGCGCGCUGCCUCCCCCCUCCUCCCUCCUGUCGCCCGCGCUCCCGGCCUCUCUCCCGCCCGCCCGCGCGCUCUCCCUCCGCCCGCCCCUGGCCCCCUCCACGCGGGCACCCGGCAGGGAGGGGGGUGCGGCGAAACUCCGACCCGAGCCACUUGGACUUGCACAGUGUCCUCGGGGCUCCGGGGCCGAGCGCACGCACUCGCGCAGCUCUGCCUCUCUGCCUGCUGGUCUCGCCUGCCAUCCCGGCCCGGAGCUGUGGCGUCCACUCGGACCCUGGCAGCCAGCAGCCCGCACGGAAGCCGGACCCACCGCCCGAGGAGCUCGGACGGCAUGCUGAGCCCCCUCCUCGGCUGAAGCCCGAGUGCGAAGAAGCUCGGGCCAGCGCAGGCUAAGGAGACCCAGGCAGCCCAGGCGCGAGGCAGCCGGAGAGCAGCGGAGCAGCCGCCGCGGGAGGAGGCGGAGGAGAAGCCACCCAGGGGCCGCGGAAGAAGUGGUGGUGGUGGGCGUCGUGGCCAUGGCGGCAGCAAUCGCCAGCUCUCUGAUCCGUCAGAAGAGACAAGCCCGCGAGCGCGAGAAAUCCAACGCCUGCAAGUGUGUCAGCAGCCCCAGCAAAGGCAAGACCAGCUGCGACAAAAACAAGUUAAAUGUCUUUUCCCGGGUGAAACUCUUUGGCUCCAAGAAGAGACGCCGAAGGAGACCAGAGCCUCAACUUAAGGGUAUAGUUACCAAACUAUACAGCCGACAAGGCUACCACUUGCAGCUGCAGGCGGAUGGAACCAUUGAUGGCACCAAAGACGAGGACAGCACUUACACUCUGUUCAACCUCAUCCCUGUGGGCCUUCGAGUGGUGGCUAUUCAAGGAGUUCAAAGCAAGCUGUAUUUGGCAAUGAACAGUGAGGGAUACUUGUACACCUCGGAGCAUUUCACACCUGAGUGCAAAUUCAAAGAAUCAGUGUUUGAAAAUUAUUACGUGACAUAUUCAUCAAUGAUAUACCGUCAGCAGCAGUCAGGCCGAGGGUGGUACCUAGGUCUGAACAAAGAAGGAGAGAUUAUGAAAGGCAACCACGUGAAGAAAAACAAACCUGCAGCCCAUUUUCUGCCCAAACCACUGAAAGUGGCCAUGUACAAGGAGCCGUCACUGCACGAUCUCACGGAGUUCUCCCGAUCCGGAAGUGGGACCCCGACCAAGAGCAGAAGUGUCUCCGGCGUACUGAAUGGAGGCAAAUCCAUGAGCCACAAUGAAUCAACGUAGCCAGUGAGGGCAAAACAAGGGCUCUGUAACAGAACCUUACCUCCAGGUGCUGUUGAAUUCUUCUAGCAGUCCUUCACCCAAAAAGUUCAAAUUUGUCAAUGACGUUUACCAAACAUACAGGCAGAGUUCACUAUUCUAUCUGCCUUUAGACCUUGUUAUCAUCCAUACUAAAGCCCCAUAAAUUUAGAGUGAGCUUGUGCAAAAGAAUGCCAUGUGUUAUCAAUGAACUAAAUAUGGGAGAAGGACUGCCAAAUUUUCUCUUCAUCUCAUCUAUACUUUGGGGAUGACAAACUAAAACCAAACCAAAACAAAAAAUUUCACAGCACUGAUGCUGAUCAAAAUUUGUUCUGCAACCAAGAAAAUCUAAAAGACCACAGUCAUUCUUAAACCACAAAUAGAAAGAAAAGAAAAUUCUCUGCUUAAAUGUUUGUAGAAGCAAACAAAAUUAUGUGAACUGUGUUGUUUUCUUGGCUUAAUGUUUUCUAUUUCUGCUUGAUUCAGUGUACUCCUUACUCUCAUAUAGCUCAACUUUCCAGUUUCUGAAGUUCAAUGGUUCUAUUGACUCUAUGUCACUUAAUCCAAAUCAUCCAAAUUCAGGGUUGAAUCUGAAUUGGCAUCUCAGGCUCAAGGUAAUAGUGUUGUGAUUUAACCUUUUUUUUUUUAGAUUUGUAGUAUUCUGAUCAAGUUCUGUGCUGUACUUUGUGCGUAGAAAUUGAGUUUUGUAGUCAACCUCAGUCAGUAAAGAUAACU